AUGCACUUCCUUGCUUUGCCGUCGGAAGUCAUCUUUUUGAUUGCCGAGAAAUUGGAAACGGAGAGGGAUAUCUAUUCCCUUUUGAGAACUGACUCAAAACUCCACCUGCUUCUACUUCCACACCUCUAUCGACACAACGUCAAAUAUUCUGCGAGCUCUGCUCUCUCGUGGUGUAUCUAUCAUGGCCAAGCAAAUGGGGUGCGCAUCUUAUUGAGAAUGGGUGCACCCCUUAAAGGCCCUGUAGCCCGCCUUCCUAGCGCAUCAGACUUCGCAGACGAAUAUGGAUUCCAGGAAGAUUAUGGAAGUGCUUUGCAUUUUGCCACGAACCCGGAAAUGGCUAAACUCCUUAUAGACAACGGGGCUGAUGUGAAUGAACUAUCCACGCAUUGGAGGGCUCCAUUACAUGUGGCAGUUGAAAACCGCGAUCUCGUGAUGGCCAAAAUGCUGUUAGAUUGUGGGGCGGAUGUCAAUGUUCGCGGCGACGAAUAUAUCGAUCCCUACAUCUUCUACGCUACCCCUCUUCAUCACGCCCUUCACAACGAUAUUGACGACGUUUACUUUCCAAUGGCAAAGCUUCUUGUUGAGCGAGGGGCCGACCUAGCGAUGACGGAUAACCGAGAUGAAACCCCUCUUUUCAUUGCUGUAACAUAUGGUGCUUAUUCGACAACAAAUAUUCUACUCAAGAAUGGUUCUCCUGUCAAUGUGCCAAGACCUAGUGGGGAAACGCUCAUUUACAGAGCCGCAUCGCAGGGCGACGUUGCUAUAGCAAAGCUCCUCCUUGACCAUGGCGCAUCAGUCAACGGCACCACUAUAUUGGGGAGAUCUCCGUUGUACGAAGCUUUCGAAAAGAAAAAUCUCGCUCUGGUACAGCUGCUAAAUCAAUAUGGUGCAUUAGUGGGCCCAUAA